UUUAUGCUUUUACCUUGUGCUUGUCUUUUAACAACAUGCUUAUUAAUUUUUUUCAAUUUUACUUUUAUUUUCAACCUGGAUAUAUUUUCUAGUUUUGAAAAAGAAGAAAGCAGUCUUUAAAGUAUAGCUUAAGAAUAUUAAAACAGAUACCAUGUCUAUGUUAGCGGAACGAAAACGUAAACAAAAAUGGUCUUUAAAUCCCAGAGGAAAACAAUGGGCAGAAGAUACAAACAAAUUUGGCCAGAAAAUGCUAGAAAAAAUGGGGUGGACGCAUGGUAAAGGUCUAGGUGCAAAAGAGAAUGGAGUUACUGAACAUAUUAAAGUUAGUUAUAAAAAUGAUAGCAAAGGGAUGGGAUAUAAGGAUUCUGAUGAUCAAUGGACAGAACAUCAAUCAAACUUUAGUGCCCUUUUGGAGGCACUGGGAGGUAAAAAGACAAAAUCAAAUGAUUUGAAAUUAAGUUCUUUAGAAGAAAAGUCUCAAAAUUCCAAAGCAAGAGUUCACUACAAAAAAUUUACAAGGGGCAAGGAUUUAAGUAAAUAUUCAGAGAAGGAUUUAGCUAAUAUAUUUGGGAAAAAAACUUUAAACCAAGAUUUAGAGAACAAUGUACAAGAAAAAGAUAAUAGUAAAAUUGAAAAUGUUCAAGAAGCUGCCGAAUCAAGUUUCUUUUCUAACAGUGGCUCUAUGUCAGAUUACUUUAAGAAAAAAUUACCAAACUUUGGCAAAAGUCAUGGGUAUGUUGUAGGAAAUAAUGGUGUAUUAAAGAAAGCAGAUGAAACAGAAUCAGAAAGUGAAUUACAAACAAAUUUUGGCUUUGGUUUUAAAAGCUCAGAGACUGAAUCAGAUGAUAUUUCUAAGAAGAAAAAGAAAGAAAAAAAGAAAAAAGUUUUGGAAGAAUCUGUUGAUGGGACUCCAACUAAAAGAAAGAGAUUGGAAGAACAAGAAGUGCACGAAGAUACACCAAUAAAGAAAAAGAGCAAAUCUAGAUUAAACAAGACAGAAGAAAAUGGAGUUUCUAAUCCUGCCUUUGAUCCGUUGUAUAAUCCAGUUACUGUAGAGAAGCAUAUUUUGGACACAAUAGAGGAAACAUUUAAUGAAAGUCUGAAUAGCACUGUCGGUGAAAUAGGCAAACAGUUUGAAGUGAAUGUUCAAAUUAACAAUGAAAACACACCUGAAGUAAUGAAAUACAAGAAAAAAGAAUUAGGUACAGAUAAUGAGAAUGAUGUUAAAGUCAAAAAGAAUAAAAACAAAAAAAGGACAGAUACAGAAUCUAUCGAUUCUAAUUUUGAAUCAGGACAACAUACAUCAUCAAAACAGAAGAAAAAGAAAAAAAAUGUUGAAGAAGUCGGUUUAGACAACCCUCUAUUUAAUAUAAGUACAGAAAGUGAAGAAAGUUCAUUAAAUCAGAAUGAAGAAGAUUCUACCAAGAGUAAAAAGAAAAGAAAGAAAAAAAACAUUGAAGAAAUUGGUUUAGACAACCCUGUAUUUAGUAUAAGUAUUGACAGUGAAGAUUCUUCAAUAAGUCAGGAUAAAGAAGAUUCUACCAAAAGUAAAAAGAAAAAAAAGAAGUCAAAGUCUGAAAAAGAAAAUUGCGGUUUAGAAAAUCCUGUUUUUAAUGUAGACGAAAAAGAAUCUUCUGCAGAUAUUUGUAAUAAUGUGGCAUUUGAAGUACAGAGGAAAGAUAAAUCAAAGAAAAAGAAGAAAAAGCUGAAAGAACAGUCCGUGGGUUUGGACAAUCCUGCUUUAAGCCUGAACGAUUCUAUAGAUGAAAAUUGUGAUUUGAUGUUAAAUAUCGCCAGCACGCCAAUUUUUCAAGGUAACAAUGAAUCAACAGGGGAAGACUUUCAUAUAAAGAAAGUAAACACAGUUACUCGAAGAAAAAGUGUCCGAUUCAGUGAUAUAACUAGAGAAAGGAUUAUUCCCAGUAAAGAAGAUAUCGAGGAAUUAGAUACUUUAGAUCAUAAUGGAGAGAUUGUCGAAGUUGAAGGAAAGCUUAACGAUAGUUUUAAUAAUAUUAUCCAAAAAAAAUCAAAAAAACGGAGAAAAGGAUUGGAUAACGAUGCUUUUGAUGUUCAAGCUAACAACAUCGAAGAGAACAUAACCUCGAUUUCAAACACCCUCGAUAGUUACGAAGCUGAAAUCGAGAACGACUUGAACGAGGCUAAACUGAAAUCGGUAGAGUUAAACGAAGUGAUGGUUGGUGAGGUGGGAAAUCCAGAUGGUGAGAAUGAGGCUCUCGAUGAUGGCAGUGUUAAAUUGAAAUUUAAGUAUGCCCAGUUUAGGAAACAGCCUGCUCACAUGGAGGCUUUGGUGGGGCCGAAGAAAUCAUACAAACAUUUGAUAAAAGGUGACAUAGUGGUGGGAUUUAAACAUUCUAAUUUGCAUGAAAUAAAUGGAUAUGUGAAGAAACAUGUUAGGUAGGCCUAAAUUCAUUUUGAAGUGUGUUUAUGUGUGUUUCAAUAAAGUUUUUGUUUUAAUAA